AUGGCAGAGGCAGAGUGCCGCGCCUCGGACUCGGCCGACGACUUCGAGUUCUGCAUCCUGUCGUCCGGCGGCAUCGUACCAGCCGGAGAGAGCGCGGGAACGGACAUGUGCGUGGCCGACGAGGUCUUCUGCCAGGGCAAGCUCAUCCCGCUCCGUGCCUCCUCGGCUGCGGCCACCGACGGCGCCAGCGUCGCCACGCUGCCGAGGUCGGAGUCAGUGGCCUCCACCGUGGGCCUGGUGUCACGGUCCGGCAGCCGCAGCGCGAGCUCGAGCUCGAGCGGCAGCAGCAGCGGGUGCGUGAGCCGGAGCCAGCCGUCCAAGAGCGCCUCUUCCGACCACGGCGCCGGGGCGCCUCCGCCGCGGCGCUCGCUGUCGAGCAGCCUGUUCUACGCGCACCCGAGCCCGUCGCCGCGGCUGCGCUCGGCGCGCCCGCGCCGCAGGACCGGGUCCGCGCAGCCCGCCGCGGUGGCGUGGGGCCUGUUUCGCUUCCACCUCGGCGUCGUCGGCACCCCGAACGUGUACCCGCCGCCACCGCGCCCCGCGGCCGAUGCCAAGGUCGCCGCCGCAACGAGGGGCGGCGGCAGCAGGAGCGCGCAGUUCGAACAGGUGGCCGCCGCCGUCGACAGGAUCGGAGCGGGGCAGUUAGGUGAGAGAGGGGCGUGGGGAGGAGGGAUGGAUCGGGGGAGCCGGUGCUCGCGCGAGGCGUGGGCGUGUUUCGGCGUUGGUUGCUGCGGGGUUGCAUCCGACGGACGAUGA